AACCAAUAAAAAUAUCAAAAUUAUUAGUGUCGAAGGACUGAAGCUACCGGCCAGGCAUGUUUGUGUGGAGGUGUGGUGAUAAAGGCUUGAUCCACUUGGAGUCGAUGAGGGAGAGUCUUCAUUUUCUUUCCAUCAAGAUAACUUAACAAUUGUUUAUGAUUUUUCUUUCUUUAUGAUAACUUAACACAUUAACAUGUUGGUGUUUUUGCCACCACAACUAACUGCUACUCCGUUACCCUUCAAUUCAACUCGCGUUAAAUAUUUCCCCAUCCACCGUUACCACCACCAUGCCAUCUCUCAACUACCUCCAUCCACCGCCGCCUCCUCCUCCUCCUCCUUCGCAUCCGCCAGACCAAUAAUCAUAGAAGACGGUCCUAACGACAUUCUUUCCCUCCAAAACCGCAGUUAUGACUUCACUCCUCUCCUCAACUUCCUCUCCAACGAUUCCAACUCCAACAACAACAACAACAACAACAACAACAACUCGCUCUCUCCAACUUCCCUCAACUCAACCGAGUUCGAACUCGCUGAGUCAUACCGAGCCGUACCAGCUCCACUCUGGCACGCGCUUCUUAAAUCCCUAUGUUCAUCUCCCUCAUCUAUCAACCUAGCAUACGACGUCGUUACGUGGCUUCAGAAACACAACCUCUGUUUCUCUUACGAGCUUCUAUACUCAAUUCUCAUUCACGCGCUUGGACGAAACGAAAAGCUUUACGAAGCUUUUUUACUCUCUCAACAACAGGUUCUUACUCCGUUAACUUAUAACGCAUUAAUCAGUGCUUGUGCUCGUAACGGUGAUGUUGAAAAAGCGCUUAAUCUAAUGUCUAGAAUGCGCCGUGACGGUUUUCAACCUGAUUUUAUUAAUUAUAGUUCAAUUAUUAAAUCCCUAACUCGUUCCAAUAGAAUUGAUUCUCCGUUUCUUCAAAAGCUUUAUGCUGAAAUUGAAUCGGAUAAGAUUGAACCUGAUGGUCACCUUUUGAAUGAUAUAAUUCUCGGUUUUUCGAAAGCCGGUGAUGCGACACGAGCAAUGCAUUUUCUUGCUGUUGCUCAGGGUAAAGGUUUGAGUCCUAAACCGGGAACGCUUGUUUCGGUUAUAUUAGCUUUGGGAAAUUUAGGUAGAACAGUUGAAGCUGAGGCGUUGUUUGAAGAGAUUAAAGAAAAUGGUUUGGAGCCAAGAACUAGGGCUUAUAAUGCAGUGCUUAGAGGUCAUGUGAAAACCGGUUCUCUUAAAGAUGCAGAGUUUGUUGUUUCUCAAAUGGAGACGUGUGGCGUUUUGCCCGAUGAAUAUACUUAUAGUUUGUUGGUUGAUGCAUACACGCAGGCUGGAAGAUGGGAGAGUGCAAGGAUUGUGUUGAAAGAAAUGGAAGCGAGUAAUUUGCAGCCGAAUUCGUUUAUUUAUAGUCGAAUGUUGGCGAGUUAUAGGGAUAAAGGGGAGUGGCAGAAAUCGUUUCAGGUUUUGAAAGAGAUGAAGAGUUGUGGUGUGCAACCUGAUAGACAUUUUUACAAUGUAAUGAUUGAUACUUUUGGGAAAUAUAAUUGUAUUGAUCAUGCGAUGGCAACAUUUGAACGAAUGUUGUCUGAAGGGAUUCGACCGGAUACAGUUACUUGGAAUACACUGAUUGAUUGUCAUUGUAAGUCCGGGCGACACCAGAGGGCUGAGGAAUUGUUUGAGGAAAUGCAGCAGAGUGGGUAUUCACCCUGUGUUACGACUUAUAACAUUAUGAUUAAUUCUAUGGGGGUGCAGGAAAGAUGGGAACAAGUGAGUGAUUUGUUGAGCAGAAUGAAGAGCCAAGGAUUGUUGCCCAAUGUUGUUACAUAUACAACUCUCGUUGAUAUAUAUGGAAAGUCUGGAAGGUUUAAUGAUGCCAUUGAAUUCCUUGAGGUCUUGAAAUCUAUGGGAUUCAAGCCAACUUCUACCAUGUAUAAUGCCCUAAUCAAUGCCUAUGCACAAAGGGGUCUGUCCGAGCAAGCAGUAAAUGCAUUUAGGAAGAUGUCAGCUGAGGGUCUUACACCCAGUCUCGUAGCUCUCAAUUCCUUAAUCAAUGCUUUUGGUGAAGAUAGAAGAGAUGCUGAAGCCUUUGCUGUAUUGCAGUACAUGACAGAAAAUGGCAUGGAACCUGAUGUAGUUACCUAUACUACACUCAUGAAAGCUUUGGUUCGUGUUGACAAGUUCCACAAGGUUCCAGCAGUUUAUGAAGAAAUGAUUAUGUCUGGAUGCACUCCAGAUAGAAAAGCUAGAGCAAUGCUGCGUUCUGCUCUUAGAUACAUGAAACAAACACUGAGAUCAUAAAUUAUAGGGCACAUUAAUAAAGCCUAUACAGGGUUGAAUUUGGUAAAAUAAACAAAGAGUCGAAUUUGGUCAACUGGUAUAUGUGGUUCUAAUUCUGAAGGUUAGUGCCAACUUGCUAGUUGCUAUCUCUUUGCUUACAAUUGCAUGCCAGGCUUUGGCUUUUAAAAGAAUAAUGUUAUCGCUGCAACUGCAUCAUGGUUUGGUCUUUGUGCUGAACCGUGAAAUUAAUCUGCAUUAUAUGUAAAAUUGGUCUUUUGCCCUAAUUUCCAAGCAAUACUCCCUUGGAAAAGAUAGAUUUGUCUGUCAAAAUCUAAAAUUGAAACUGAUUAUUCAAGUGAAAACAUGAUAAUAUGUCAUCGCUAAUGUAAUAAGAGUUGUAUGAUGAUUAUUCAGUUGUAUGAUGAUUUCUGUAAUAAGAGUUGAAAGAGGAGUUUAUUUACA